AUGGGCUCUAAAGCUUGUAAAUGUGGUCCAGAAAUACACAUAGUUGAAAACAAGAGGCAAGAGAAGUCGCGCCUUAAAAAACGCCGCAAAAGAAGGAUUAAGGCAGCUAAGAAGAUUCAGGCCUGGUGGCGUGGCCACCUGGUACGACGGACCCUGCUUGUCGCUGCCCUCAGGGUCUGGAUGAUUCAGGGCUGGUGGAGGAUGAUCCUGCUGAGGCGGGCAUAUAAGCAGCAGAAAUUACUUCUGAGGCUGUAUGUAAUCCAGGAGAAGUCAGCUGUCAAGCUCCAGUCCUGUUUUCGAAUGUGGCAGUGCCGUCAAUAUUGCCAACUGGUCCAAAAUCUCCCUGAGUUCCAGACCCCAGAGAGCAACCUUAUCUUCCAGAACAAUGAAGUUCUGCAGGUACCAAGUAAAGCCGUUUCCAAGGAACCAGAGUUCCACAUUGAAAUUGUAUCAAUCUAA